AUGGACGAAUCGAAAUCCAAACAGCAGUUAGGCACUGAACAGGAAGAAACGAAUACUAUUCAAUCUGACGACAAAUCGGUAGAAAGUCAGCUCCAAGAAGGAGCAGAAGUUGAAAAAGAUAAGAUGUCACCAGAAAAUUCAGAUUAUGAUAGUGCAGAUGGUGGAACAUACAGUGAGGAAGAGCAAAACGUGAAGAGGCGAUCCAAAGGUUCAGAUUUGGAUGAGCACAGCAACUCUGAAGAUGGCAGCUUGAUUCUAGAACGUGAAGAAGGAGAUGGCCAAGAAAGUGUCCCUUCAAAGAAAGUUGAUGAUGAUGAGGACAAGAAAAAUCCUCAGUAUAUACCUAAAAAGGGUACUUUUUAUGAGCAUGAUGAUAGAACAGCAGAAGAUGCAGAGGAAACUGAAGUAGUGGAAGAAAACAAAGACAAAGAUGGUAAGAAACAGAUUUGGAGUGAAACUAAAGAAAAAUGGUCACAUGAUAGAUUCAAUGAAACAGAGCAGACACCAAAAUCAAGAGCUGAACUAGUUUCAAUUUAUGGUUAUGAUAUUAGGAAUGAGGAAGGUCCUCCAAGAGCUAGAAGGCGCAGGAGAUAUGGACGUGGCCCCAAUAAAUAUACACGCAACUGGGAGGAUGAAGAUGCUUAUAAUAAACCUCAACCUACUGUAACUAGGCCCAAAAGUCAGAGGAGGCCUAGAAAAGAUACUGAUGAAGAGUUCCCUCCUCUGGUGAGGGAUAACUCUCAAGAAGAUCUUGAGAAGGAAAAUACUCCCAAGAAAGAUUUAGGGCCUCAAGUGAGGAAACCAGAAGAAAGACAUGAACCUCCUAGAGAAAAACCAUUUUCCCAACCACCACAACACAGUGAACAUAUCAAUAAUGGUCCCACCUAUCAAGAAACCCUCAACAAUAAAAACAACCAACGUGUAGGAUCAGGAAGAGUUGCUAAUCCUAAUGGUUUCACUUCCAGAACUGCCUCUUAUAAAAAGUUUUCUAAAGAGGGGCAAAAAGCUCAACCUAGUAGUCAGAAGGAAGAUUUCAUACAGUCCCAGAAUUUCACUAAUAGGAAUAAUCAGGAACACUCACAAAAUAUUGUACAGGAUAUUGAGAGAGGCAUCGAAAAACUUAGCGUCGAUAACGAGAGCAGGUCAAGGAACAACAACAAUCAGAGACAGGGCAGCGUGCCGCCGAGGCUGCAGAAUGAGCAGAGGAGCUCCUCAAAGAGGUACAGUUCAAUGAGGCAGAGGUCGCUGCCCGAGGCCAACACGCCACCCAUGCCCGCCAACUAUCCUACCAGUUUCUAUCCUGAUAACUACGCCCCGCAGACGGUCCCCGGCCCCGUCGCCCCGCCCCUCCUCCACCCCAACCCGCAAAUCCUCUCCGUCCCCGCCCCACCGAUCCCGCCCCACGCGCAACAGGUGCCUCUCGCGCAACAGGUGCCCCACCCGCAACAGGUGCCUCUCGCGCAACAGGUGCCCUUCCCGCAACAGGUGCCGUUCGCGCAACAGGUGCCGCCCCCGCAGUUCCUGGCGCAGCCGGUGGCCGUGGGCGGGCCGCCGCCCCAGUUCCUCGCCGGCCCGCCCAUCAACUACGUGCCGGGCCAGUACCAGGGCUACCAGGGCCAGUUCAAUCCGGUGGCGACGCCACCGACGGAACUGUACCAACCGCAAGGGGGCAUCACGUACUACUCGACCGACCAGCAGAUGGCGCAGGCGCAGAGACAGGCGCCGCAGAAGCGCCCGAAGGCCGCCAUACCGAUAGUGGCGCCCCCUUCCUACGACAGCAGGAACGAGUACCCCGGCGACGAAUCGAACGGGGCCAAUGAGAUGGUCGAGGUGCAGCAAUGAUCAGGAUGGGAUUUCGAUCGUGUCUUGGAUGUUUGAGAUGUUUAUCAUGGAAGCCGUUUUUUAGAUUAAGUUCCCAUAGGAUAUGGAUGAUACUAUUGGAAAUGUGGAAAGCUCAAACUCAAACCAGUCAUCAUUUUUUUCCGAGACAAAUGAAUGAAUUUAAAUUUUGUUUUUUUUUUCUCUCUAAUUUGAUAUGGUCUUUGUUAAAAUUCACUUGAUGCUAUGUACCUAGUUGAUAGAUUUUGUUAAUGAGAAGAUAUUUCCAGUUAUAAUGGAAUUAAUUGUACACAUGGUGUGGGUAACUAUUAUGCCAGCGUUUUUUUUUUUUUGUUGUUGAAUCUGCCCCAUAUUCAAACAAUUAAGCUUGAAUUUCCUUUAAUAACUGAUUGUUUUUGCUUGACCUUAGUUGUCACUAGCUAUAUCAUGAUUAAAAAUAUUUAUUUAUUUAUACAAAUAGAGAAUAGCUCAUUUUAAACUAUGUAUAUAUUUAUAUGGAUCAGCUUAUACUCAGUUUGUAAUAUACACAAAUAAAACUAAAAUUUUUAGAAAUAUUUUUAUUCACUAGGAAAAAUCUCAUGUCUUUGUCAUAAUCAUCUCUCGUAUUUGCUGUGUCAACCAUUCAACCCCCUCCUGUAACCCUUCCCCAGUCAAAGCGUUACUGGCCGAUAUAUGCCACGGCUUGUCCAUUAUCUUAUCUAGCCCCAGGCCCGAGGCUAUCUUAACGCUGCUCAAAGCUUCCUUGCUGUCCAUUUUGUUGGCGAAAAACAGUAUCGGCAGCUUGCGAUUACAAAUUUCCGGAUGCUGGAUCAACAAGUCCAGUUCUUCUUUCACCACUACCAGGCGUAGCCGGUCGCUGCUGUCUAUCACGAAAAUGAUGCCAUUGCAGUCCUUGUAGUAGUGCUCCCAAAGGUCCCUGUACCGGCCGUGGCCCGACAUGUCGAAGGCUGUGAACGCUAGGUUUUUAU